AUGAAGGUGGUAACUUGUGAGAUCGCUUGGCACAACAAAGAGCCCGUGUACAGCCUGGACUUCCAGCAUUGCUUAGAUGGACGCACACACAGACUGGCUACGGCUGGGGUGGACACCACCGUGAGAUUGUGGAGAGUAGACCUGGGUCCCGAUGGAAAGGCUGUGGUGGAUUUCCUGUCAAAUCUGUCCCGGCACACAAAAGCUGUGAAUGUGGUGCGGUUCAGUCCCACCGGGGAGUUCCUUGCUUCAGGAGGAGAUGAUGCUGCCAUUCUUCUGUGGAAAUUGAAUGACAGCAAGGAGCCAGAGCCUACUCCUGCGUUUCAAGAUGAUGAAGAGGCUCAACUUAACAAAGAGAGCUGGACUGUGGUGAAAACUCUCAGAGGACAUAUAGAAGAUGUAUACGACAUUAGUUGGGCAAGAGAUGGAAACAUGAUGAUUUCGGGAUCAGUAGACAACACUGCUAUCAUGUGGGAUGUUAACAAAGGUCAAAAGCUUUACAUAUUUAAUGACCAUAAGAGUUAUGUCCAAGGAGUGGCUUGGGAUCCACUGGGACAGUAUGUUGCCACGCUCAGCUGUGACAGGCUCAUGCGUGUGUAUAGUACCCACACUAAGAAAAAGGCGUUCUGCAUAAGUAAACUGAGCUCUGGACCUGUGCCAGAGGGUGAUUCAAAACCUUUUCGAAUGUUCCAUGACGACAGUAUGAGGUCAUUUUUUCGGCGCCUUUCUUUUUCACCAGACGGAUCCUUCCUGUUUGCCCCAGCUGGCUGCAUUGAAUCUGGAGAAAGCAUUAUAAAUACAACUUACAUUUUUUCUAGAAGGACUCUGAAGAGGCCUGUGGCUCACUUGCCAUGUCCAUCAAAGGCUACACUGGCUGUGCGCUGCUGCCCUGUCUACUUUGAGUUAAGGACUAAGAAAGCUGAUGAUGGAUCUGUGGAGACUCUCCCAAAUGUGUUCGAGUUGCCUUACCGCAUGAUUUUUGCUGUUGCAUCUGAGGACUCAAUUCUACUUUAUGACACACAACAAACUCUUCCUUUUGGUUUAGUUUCGAACAUCCACUAUCAUACUCUCAGUGAUUUAACAUGGUCACGGGAUGGGUCCUUCCUGGCUGUGUCUUCUACAGAUGGUUACUGUUCUUUUCUGUCCUUCUCCGCGGGCGAGCUGGGAACACCUCUGAAGGAGCCUCCUCCUCUCGAGCUUUUUACUCCUGUUAGUGGAACAGAGAAGAAAGGGAAGAAGAGUCUCGGAAACAAAUCACUAUCUCCUGUUUCUCAACCAACAACACCAGCCCCUAAAGAUGCUUCUAUGACCCUGACAUCUACCAUUGCUACACCAGAGCAACAAAAGACCUCCAGUGCCAAAUCCAAAGCUCAGCCACGCAGGAUCACCCUCAACACUCUUGAGGGCUGGGGAAAGCCUACACCCCCUAAAGGAGCACCUCAGAGUCCAGUGUCAGGCGGUACGAGUGCUCCAUCAACUCCUCAGCCCAAAGGGACCCCUCUCACCCCAUCCACUCCUAAAGUUGACAAAAGUGCCCGGAGCUCUGGGUGCACUACUCCAAAAGGCAGAGCCACUCCAAAGGGGCCAACCCCCAGGCGGGUGUCUCUGACCCCUGUUGCUCGUUCACCUGCAGCCAGCUCUCUCUUUACCACAACCUCAACCGCGGAGAAGGCAAAACAUGAACGUCCAUCUCCACCAUCAGAUCCUGUGUGCCAGCCCCCAGAGUCCAAAAGACCAAAGACUGAUGAUGACUCCAUAGGGGAAAGGACUAGCAUGUAG